AUGACCACAAAAACUACAAUGAAAAUCAAACCUCCAACGCCAGCACCGACACCAAUCCCAGCCUUCGCUCCUGUGGAUAGAGAAGAGCUCGAUACCGAAGUGGCGCUAGGCGCUGCUGUACUUGUAGCUUUCCCAAUUGUCGUUGAACCGGAAGUUGACGUAGGUGAGACCGUUAGAUCAGUGGUCUGGUACAUCAACUGGAACAGCGGAGCAUUGACUCUAACAAUGUCAACCGUCACAAUUGACACGGAUGCAGAAACAGAAGCAGAGUCCAACGCCGUCAAAGGGACAGUCAGAUAA